UUAAAUUAAAACAGUAUAUUUGUGAAGAAUGUGGAGAUUAUUUGCAACUGAGUAGUUCAGAUAGAAUUGAUUUUUUGAUCGAUGAGAAAACGUGGGCUCCUUUCGAUGAAGACAUUCUUUCUCGGGACCCCAUUCAAUUUGAUGAAGACUCUUCUGAAGAAUCAUCGGAAUACCCUUAUGAAGACUUUUCAGAAGACUCUUCUGAAGAAUCGUUGGAAUACCCUUAUGAAGACUUUUCAGAAGACUCUUCUGAAGAAUCGUCGGAAUACCCUUAUAAAGACCCUUCUAAAUACUUUUAUCAAGUAUUUUCUAAUUAUGAAAACUCUUAUGAAGAGGAUCUUGAUUUUUUAUCAAAUAGAAACAGGCUUAACCGAAGCUGUUUCAAACAGGUCUAGGCCAAGUCAACGGUAUUACUGUAGCAAUAGGGGUUAUGGAUUUUAAGUUUAUGGGGGGGUAGUAUGGGAUCCGUAGUCGGAGAGAAAAUAACCCGUUUAAUUGAGUACGCUACAGAAAAAUUUUUUUGCCUUCUGAUUAUAGUGUCGGCGUCCGGGGGUGCGCGAAUGCAAGAAGGAAGUUUAAGUUUGAUGCAAAUGGCUAAAAUAUCAUCUGCUUUAUACAAUUAUCAAUCGAAGAAAAGAUUAUUUUAUAUAUCAAUCCUUACAUCUCCUACAGCUGGUGGAGUAACAGCGAGUUUCGGUAUGUUAGGGGAUAUUAUCAUUGUUGAACCUAAUGCUUACAUUGCAUAUGCAGGCAAAAGAGUAAUUGAACAAACAUUAAAUCAAACCAUACCUGACGAGGCACAAGAAGCUGAAUUUUUAUUUGAGAAGGGUUCAUUUGACUUAAUUGUACCACGUCAUCUUCUAAAAAGCGUUAUUAGUGAGUUAUUUACGUUUCAUGACCGGGGCACUUUCUUUCAUUCAAAGUUCAAAUUCAUUUGAACUUUGAGUGAAAGAAAAUAAUUAUAUUGAUUUUAGAUUGAUAUAAAUAGUUAGAUAAAAACUCACAGAUACAAAUAAAUAUAGUAAAAAAAAUACCUUUUCUAUGAGUGACUUUCCGUCUCUUUUUAUACCAUUAGUAGGCUUAGUAUUGCCGGCAAUUGCAACGUUUUAUUAUUUAUUACUGUUCAAGAAAAAUAAAAAUUUUUAGAUAUUUUAUAUAUUGAGAUCCUCCCUUUUUGUAAGUUGCUUUUUUUUUGUAUCAUAACAGGAAGAUCUGUGGAAUCAUAUUGACUUAAGGCGUUAUUUUUUUCUAUCUAACCAAGUUUAUGAAUUACCCCUAAAGGUUUACAUCAAACUAGUGCUAGAUUCUCAUCAAACAAAUAUUCGUUUGAUGAGAAUUACUUUUGAAAUAGCAAAGUUCCUAAUUAAUGGUUUUUUUCUAAUUCCAAUAAAAUAAAAUAAAAUCGGAUGUAAUAUGAGUUGGCAAUCAAAACAUAUAUGGAUCGAACUUAGACCUGGGGUCUAGAAAAAUAAGUAAUUUAGGUUGGGCUUUUACUCUUUUUUUAGGUUCAUUGGGAUUCUUAUUAGUAGGAACUUCCAGUUAUCUUGGUAUAAAUUGGAUAUCCUUUUUUUCAGCCCAGCAAAUUCUUUUUUUCCCACAAGGAAUAGUCAUGUCAUUCUACGGAAUUGCGGGUCUUUUUAUUAGCUCGUAUUUGUGGUGUACUAUUUUAUGGAAUGUUUGGUAGUGGUUAUGAUCAAUUCGAUAGAAAAAGGGGAAUUUUUUGUAUUUUUCGUUGGGGAUUCCUGGAAUAAAUCGGCGCAUUUUCCUCCGAUUCAAUAUAAAAGAUAUAAGGUCUAUUCGAAUAGAAGUGAAAGAAGGUAUUUAUGCUCGUCGUGUCCUUUAUAUGGACAUCCGAGGCCAGAGGGCUAUUCCUUUGACUCGUACUAAUGAGAAUUUCACCCCGGAGAAAUUGAAAAAAAAGCUUCAGAAUUGGCCUAUUUUUUGCGUGUACCGAUUGAAGUAUUUUGAGAAGGGGGCUACACCUCUUUUCAGUUACUUUUUUUCUAUUUUUAUAUAUUUUCUAUUUAUUUUUCCAAUUGCAUUUUUUACUAAGACUCAGGAAUACUAAUUAGCCAAUUGACCAGGCAGUUUUUUUAUUAGCACAAGCAAAUCCCCUAGGAAGUUUAAGUAUUCUAUUGCUUACUAUUUCAUUCUAAAUAUUUAAAUAUCUAAACAUUCAGUAAUUUUUUUUCUUUUUAUUUUAAUUGAAAGAUUUGUAUCGGAUAUCUGAAUUUCAUCUGUAUUCUUUCUAGAUUCAAAGACUGGCCAAAAAAUCACAACAAAAAUCAAUACAUACUUUAAUAUACCUUAUACCUUGUAAAAGUAAAAACUCAUAUAUGGUGGGUUCAUGAAAAAUAAAAAUAAAGUAUUCACUCCUCUUUUAUAUCUUGCAUUUGUAGUCUUUUUGCCCUGGUGGAUUUAUUUCUUAUUGAAUUAAAUGUCUGGGAUCUUGGAUUACUAAUUGGUGGACUACUAGGCAAUCCGAAAGUUUCUUCAAUAAUAUUAAUGAAAAGAGUCUUCUGGAAAAAUUUAUUGAAUUCGAGGAAUUUCUAUUAUUGGACGAAAUAGUUAAAAAAGACGUGGAGACACACCCACAAGAAUUUAUUAUAGGAAUCCAUAAACAAGCAAUUCAAUUAAUAAAGAUACAAAAAUAUAGUGAUAUCCAUCUUAUUUUUCGUUUAGCGACAAAUCUAAUCUGUUUUUUUAUUCUAAGUGUUUCUGCUAUUUUGCGUAAUGAAAACCUAAGUCUUCUGAACUCUUGGGCCUCGGGAAUUCUUAUAUAACUUAAGCGACACAAAUCAAAGUAUUUUGCAUUCUCUUAUUAACUGAUUUAUGUAUCGGAUUCCAUUCACCCCGCGGUUGGGAAUUAUAAUUACCUUUAUUUCUAAAGAUUUGGGAUUUUGUGAUAAUGAUUUAAUUAUCUCUGGUCUUGUUUGCACCUUUCCAGUCAUUCUAGAUACAAUUUUUAAAUAUUGGGUUUUCCGUUAUUUAAAUCGUGUUUCUCCGUCACUUGUAGUUCUUUAUCAUUCAUUGAAUGAAUGAUUGAAGACUCUAUGGGAUUCAUAAUUCAAUUUGAAGAUUAAUUUUUUUUCUGUUUUUCUAUUGUAAAUAAGCGAAGCAUUAAAAAUAUUACUUCAUUACUUAUUUUAUAGAACUAUUUUUUUUAUAUUUUAUUCCAUCAAAUAGCAGAAUCCUGGGUAGCAAACUAUACUAGUGACCUACCCCAUUUUAUUGUAUCAAUUUUGCAAUCAACGAUUCGACUAUGCAAACUCGAAA